GCAACCACAACGGUCUUCUCUUCGAUACAAAGCAACGGCGCCAGUCUUCACCUUCUGGCUUGCUUGGUUACAAGACCAGCCAUAAGCAGAUGAAAAACUACAGUGGUUCUUCACGUUCCUCCUGGCUGAAACGAAUGUGAGCAUUCUGACUCUCCAGUAUAAGGAACUCCUGGACUUGGCUCUCUUUCAAACAGGCAGCAGGAUUCUGCAGGUGGUACACGUAUAAGCAAGAUCAUCCAUUUUCGCCAUGUUCCCUUGAUUAAGAUGCUUUCCUGCCCCCCUCCCUGAAAGUCUGUGUAGCUGCUAAGUAGAUCCUGGUGGACCAAGGAUCAAGUUUCUCCUGCAGCUGUGCAUCUCAGCAUGGGUGACAUUUCCUGCUGUGUUUAGAGUUACAAACUGAUGAUUUUUUUUCCUAUAGGAGGUGUACCUCUGCUUAGAGGUGUCAUGUGAAAAAAGGCUACUGAUUUAUUCAUAUUUCUUUUUAAAAAACCACAAUUGUGGGAGUCAUAAAGCCACGGCAAAGGCUUGUAAUAUUGCAGGGUGCCCCCUGACCUCGGCUGACCAGCACUCUGAGCUUUACAAUGUAAUGGAAUGUAUUGCCCUUAAAUGGAGUUGUGUUUCCUCUGGGCAGUGAUGACCUUAUAUGGUUUGUGGGUGGGUUAAAGCCAUGACCGGAUGUAGGUAAUGUGAGACAUUGGCAAACGGCCAUGCGGCUGGAGAGAGAAAAAGGAUAAUAAAAAAGCUAUGGGAGGAGAGAGAAGUUCGAAAGGAGCUGCUCAUACCAUCCUGAAAAUAUUGCUGGCUCUCUGUGUCUUUAUUUUAUGCUAAACUGCGCCAUUUGUAACGGCUGGCUCCGACACACAAUAACUUUUUAGAGCUUGAUGUUGACCCUAACCUUGUCUGUGCUGUCUAUUCUUCUCUUACAUCCUUUUUUAGUCCCAUUGCUCACUUUCUUCAAAUCUACUGCCACACUUGGCCUCCUUAGGUGCAGGGACCUCUUCCAACCGAGCUUUGCGAUCAUCAGGUUCUCUUAAUUGCCAUUCGCUUCAAUCCACGACAUGUUAGUCCCUGCCAAAAUGACCUUUCAUUUGCCUCAUUAUGAACAUUCCAUGCCUGAUACCAGAGCAGCUCUGCUAACAAAAUACCUUGGUGUGUUGUCAUAUAGGUGGGAAUUUAUAUCCAUGUUUACUAUAACAAGGGUAACCUGCUGCUACAGUAAAGGUAAAGGUACCCCUGCCCGUACGGGCCAGUCGUGUCCGACUCUAGGGGUGCGCGCCCAUCUCGCUUAAGAGGCCGGGGGCCAGCGCUGUCCGGAGACACUUCCGGGUCACGUGGCCAGCGCAGCACACGGAACGCCGUUUACCUUCCCGCUGGUAAGCGGUCCCUAUUUAUCUACUUGCACCCGGGGGUGCUUUCGAACUGCUAGGUUGGCAGGCGCUGGGACCGAGCAACGGGAGCGCACCCCACCGCGGGGAUUCGAACCUGACGAUUGAACCUGACGAUCGGCAAGUCCUAGGUGCUGAGGUUUUACCCACAGCACCACCCGCGUCCCGCUGCUACAGUAGAGGCCCUUAAAAUUUUUUUGGUGUGUGGUGAGUCUCACUAAUUCACUAAAGCACUUACACAAGUAGAUGCAAAACAAAUGGAUGGUCUAGCAGGACACACAUUUACAAUAAGAGCUUUGUAAUAAUAAGCCAGUGAUCAAUCAACCAGAGCUCAGGUCCAGUUUACCCAUCAUACGCAUUGCUUCUAAAAUGUGCCUCUUAUGAACCGUGUGAGAAUUGUUAUUGCUCAGAAUUGCACAUGCAAAUUAAAGCCAUAUAAUGUUAGCCUUACUUUUAUCCUUCCCCAAUGAGUCUCUAUCCUUGGGCACCUAUGAUGUAUGGGUCCUUUUAACUUUUGAAGGCCCUGAUCAUAUACGGUACUUCUAGCAGAGAGAAAAUACUGCUUAUAUGCGCUAUUGACCAUUAACUUCAAACAGGUUUUCACAAUCUGUUAACCCAGAUUAUCUUCUAGUCAUUCAGUUACGGUGAGCAAAAAUGUCUGAGAGAUGUAAUUAUUCUGGGUUUUUGUUUUUGGGUUUUUUCUUUUGUCUGAGUUUGCAAGGUUACGGUUCCUAGAGAUGGAUUGUGGCUAAUGCUUAUCUCUUCAUUUCAUACAAAGUACAUGCAAAUAUUUGCAACCAAUGCAGAAACAUGUGGAUGCUCAAAUCCACUUAUAUGAUAUGCACAAGCUUGAAUUAAUCAGGAGAGCCAUUGCAAUUCAGUGACAAAAUGCACCCACUUUUAAAGCCACACACUUUGGGGUCUAAUCCUGCUGCCCAUCUAUCUGGUGCCCAGAAUGUCUGGUUUAUAUAACAUCAGACCCUCCAAGUGCGCCUAUUUUCUAGGGAUGUCCCUAGAACUGUCCCAGUUUCUGAUUUGAACCCAGAAUAUCCCACUUUUCCUUAGGAUGUCCCUAUUUUCAUUGGAGAAAUGUUGGGGGGUAUGGAGUUAUCUAAACCCUCAGCCAUCUGAAGGCAAUCCUGUAGGGGAAGUUUUAAAUAAAAUUUAAUGUUUUAUUAUGUUUUUAUCUAUGUUGGAAGCUGUCCAGAGUGACUGGGGCAACCCAGUAAAAUGUGUGGGGUAUAAAUAGUAAAAUUAUCAUUAUGGAAUGGGACGUUCCCUAUUUUUACCAGAUAAAUGUUGGAGGGUACAUCAUAUGUGCAAACUGGAAACCACGGUAAGCUAAAGGAAAAAUGCUCCUUCCACCCGAGCAGGCCAAUUGUGUGAGUAUAUUGCUAUUGCUCCAAGUUGCAUUGAACAUUUUAAAAAUAACUUUCCAUCUUAUGCACUUCUUUUUCUUGUUGAGAGUGCAUUUAAAUGGAAGUGAGAUGGAUGUAAAUCAAUUCCGCAUUGUAUAGGAAAGAGCCUAUAAGCGAAGAAUAUAUCAAAGCAAAAGGCAGAUAUAUUUAGAAGGGCUCCACCUUUACAGUAAAUAAAUGUUGCUGCACUUGGAACAUCCUGAUGUUGCAUACCAUAAGGAUUUGCUGAAGUGCAAAGGAACGGAUCCUGCAGCGCCUCCCUGCUCUGAAGGUAUUAAGUGGUCACGGAGGGAGGAGCUGGGUGAUUUGUGUUACAAUUUCCACUCUUCUCUUUUGUCACAUUAGGAUAGUUGUUCUCAGCAGAAGGGAAGGUUAGCUAAGGUUACCAUACUACAGGGGUGGGGAACAUCUGGUUGGUGUACCAACCUUGCCCACUAGGGGCUCCAAAUUGGCCUGCCAUGCUGUUUUCUCCAAACCACACCCACCUGCUACUGACAUCACUGGUGAUGUCAGCUGAUGGGUGGGAGGAGAGGGUUUAAAUCGGGGUCGGCAAGGUUUACCUCACCCGGGCUGGUUCACUGCCGUGGAGAUCGCUCCGUGGGCUGGAUUGUGUCUGCGCAGACGCAGACGUGAUUUUCGGCAUCUGCGUCUAGGCAGAUGUGAUUUCCAUCACCGCAGAAGUGAGUCCCCGCACCACACUGCGUCGGUUUAGCGCAGCGUGCGCGGACUCGCUGAGCGGGCGACUAGUUUCGGGAGUGGCUUGUGGGCCGGUUAAAUGACCCUUGUGGGCCGCUUGUGGCCCAUGGGCCUUAGGUUGCCGACCUCUGGUUUAAGUCCUCCCUUGGCUGCCCAGUUCCCAGGAAGGAACAGGAUCACACAGCCAAGACAGCAGGAUUUAAUCUCUGCUCAUCAAUUGAUUAAAUCCUGCUCAAAAGCACUGUUUUAAGCAGCUUGUGUACAGCUCCUGUGAAUGGGUGGUCGAUAGCAGUGGGCUGGGGGCAAAGUCUCGUGUUUCAACAUGGGGGCUGCCUGAAGCACUUCAAAGGUGAAGGGGGGCAGCUUUUGUAACCCAGCGCUAAGCAGGAUCGCGCUCUUUUCACAGCAGCUGAUGCAAUGGAGGAACAAUCUUGCUAAGUGCUGGGCGUUUGCAAGCAACAGCAGAAUUGCUUGCAAAUUUCUCUGCUUUGCUGCUUUUGCUUGGGAAAGGUGUGCUUCUGCAAUGUGGUAGAAAUUUAACUGGUGUGUUUGGCAUGUAUGUGUAUAUUGUAGCUUGCUUCAUGGUUUUAUUUUUGGAUUUAUGAGGCAUGGUGGCAUAGGAAAAGGGGUUAAAAAACCCCAAUUAAACUCUUACCAACACCAAAAUUACAAAAUAAGCAGCAAGGGCAAUAAUAAACAGAAAGCACUAAAAGAGCAAUAUAUAAGUUUCAAUUUAAGUAUCCAUUUUAGCAUAAAGUCUAAACAGAGUCCAACAGCAUAAUAAAACCCUGACCUUCCUUUUUAAUUAAAAGCAGUCUGAAACAGAAACGUUUUCAGAAAGCAUGAGAAGGGGUCAACUGUGUCUCCUGGUAUGGAAUGGAAGUAUUGGGUUGACUGAAGUGACAUCUCACAAAAGUUGCACAUGACCUGUGCAUAGCUCUUGAUGGGUCUUCACUAGGUAACAUGGCAUCUCCAGUGAAUUCUGAACCAAGAGCUAUGUAUUGGGUGGCACCUUGAAAGAGUCAGCAUAGGCCAUAGGGAAACUGUUCUGGGCCAUCUCUGGGCAGGGGAUGCUCCCAGUCCUAUUUGGAGAUGUAAGGGAUUGAACCUGGGACCUUCUGAAUGCAAAGAAGAAGAGAAGAAGAAGAGUUUGGAUUUUACAUCCCGCUUUAUCACUCCCCUUCAGGAGUCUCAAAGUGGCUAACAUUCUCCUUUCCCUUCCUCCCCCACAACAAACACUCUGUGAGGUGAGUGGGGCUGAGAGACUUCAGAGAAGUGUGACUGGCCCAAGGUCACCCAGCAGCUGCAUGUGGAGGAGCGGAGACGCGAACCCGGUUCCCCAGAUUACGAGUCCACCGCUCUUAACCACUACACCACACUGUAGUGUGCUUUGCCACUGAGCUACAGUACAUCCCAGCCAGGGGUGGAGGAAGGGGUGUGUGGGCUGCCCUGGGUGUCACCACUGAGGGGGGUGACAAAAUGCCAGGUGGCACUCACUGCGGGGCCUGCAGCACGCCCGAGCCACACAUCUCUCCUGGAAGUGAUGCGGUGGCUUGGGCACCCGCAGGCUCUGUACUGCCUCACAUAGUCCACCUGCUGCUCCCCCUCAGCUGUAGGGCGGCUGAGUGGGAGGAGGCAAACAGACUCCUCAGAGGCCAUGUGGAGCGUCCUGCCCCAGCUUGCCCCACCUCGCAGGCGGCUGGCCCUGGCCCUGGGUGCAGGGAACACUCGCAACCCCAGGCGCCCGAUUGGCUUGCUCCACCACUGAUCCCAUCCCCAAAACACACCUGUAAUUUCUUACAGUGUUAUCUUUUGAAGUUUCUGCUCAAGUGAGCUCUGACCCACAACAGCUGGUGCUCCAGUAAAUUUGUUGGCCUUAUGUCACAGGAGCUACUAAUUAAAUUUGAUGUUUUUAUCUAAUCACGGAGAGUCAAGAUUUAAAAUAGCUGAUUUGCCCCCCCCCCAAAAAACCCCUGUAUUAAUAAAUACUGAUAGGUGAUUGAAUUAUCUAUUUUGGACAUUUUUAUCCUUUCUAAAAAAUAAAAUAAAAUAGAUUCCAAGGCAGCUAACAAGAAAAUAAAUAAAAAAGCAAAGCAAUUUCUCAACAUCUAAACUGUUUAAACAGUUGCAUAACAUCAUAAGAAUCUAAUCCAAAUCUAAUAAUAAAAUCCAUAAUAAUAAGCCUCUCGGAAUAAAAAGGUUUUGACAGACUAGUUAAAACCUGGCAGAAAGAGGCUUGUGGGGAGAUAGUACCACCACCAAGAAGACCCUGCUCCUGGCACCUGCAAGUCUGAUCUUGACUAAGGCAGGCCAUAGAAGAAGACCUCUGAUAAAGGUCUUAGGCCUCAGCUAAUCACAUUUGAGCAUAACCCGCCGUUUGCAUAACUUGCUCCUGUGCCGUUAAGGGCCUUUAAAGAUCAACGGCGAGACAUGAAAAUUGAGUCUGUAAAUGAAUGGUCAUAGUCAAUAUAAUUUACAUAGGAUUGGUGCAAGAUGUGUUGAGUUUGAACCCCUUCCUUGAACCUAUAGUUUGGGACCAGUCCCAGUUUCCAAAUUGUCUUUAAAGGCAGUUUUAUGCGUGUUUGCACCAUCAUGAAGUGUGACAUUUGCAUGCAAACCUGUAGUUCUCAUAUGCAAUCCUGACACCUGUUUUAGGAUUAUUUUACAGUGAGGUCUUGGUGUGUCACAAUACUGGCACCUUAAUGCUUUUUAACUGCAUACAGAGCCAGAGAGUGAUAGUUGUCUGCGUAGAAUACCAGGCAGCAAUUUUUAUAGUAUUUCGUAAGUGGUAGCGUCACCCUUAUUCCAAAGAACUCAUUCCCUCUCUUCCCCCAUCCCUGGUGUAAGUGUGUGCGCACUUGUUGAGAGAAACCAUUUUGUGACUACAAUAGGACUUUGACUGCAGAAAAAAAUAUAGGCCUGCUCUGAAGAUGGAGAUGCUCCGAGCUUCACUUUGCUUAUGGCGAGUAACUGCAUGAAUUGCAUGAAUGACAGAUCUGGUGCCUGUCAAGAAGCAAAGGAAAGACAAAUUAGGAAUCUUAGCUGGGAAGCGUACUACUUCAAGAGAUAAUGCAUGUAGUAUUCCUGUCAAUCUGAUGGAUUGUUAUGUUUCGGUUCACGGAGUUUUAUCCCAACCUGAAACAAGAUUGAUCAUUGGGACAGUUUUAUUGCUGUCUAUAACAGGUGUCACUGUCUUUUUUUUUUAAUGUCCAGGUUAGCCUAAAUCAGGCAGUCUGAGUGUACAUUUUAACACAAAGGGAAAUAAUUUUUGUUACAGUUUUACCCCAGGUAAGUGCUUAAAGCUAUGA